AUGAGGGCAACAGAAAAAGAAUUCAGCAAAACUGAGAACCCCAAAUUCCAGUUCUUACAACUAUCUAAUGUUAUGGAACAGUUCAAUCCUGGGCUACGAAAUUUAAUAAACCUAGGAAAAAAUUAUGAAAAAGCUGUUAAUGCUAUGAUCCUUGCGGGAAAAGCCUACUACGAUGGAGUGGCCAAGAUUGGUGAGAUUGCCACCGGGUCCCCUGUGUCAACAGAGCUGGGCCAAGUUCUCAUAGAGAUUUCAAGUACCCACAAGAAACUCAAUGAGAGUCUUGAUGAAAACUUCAAAAAAUUCCAUAAAGAGAUUAUACAUGAGCUGGAGAAGAAGACAGAACUUGAUGUAAAAUACAUGAAUGCAACUCUUAAAAGAUACCAAACAGAACACAGGAAUAAAUUAGAUUCUUUGGAGAAAUCUCAAGCAGAGUUGAAGAAGAUCAGAAGGAAAAGUCAAGGAGGACGAAAUGCGCUCAAAUAUGAACACAAAGAAAUUGAGUAUGUAGAAACCGUUACUUCUCGCCAGAGCGACAUCCAGAAAUUUAUUGCAGAUGGGUGCAAAGAAGCCCUGCUUGAAGAGAAAAGGCGCUUCUGCUUUCUGGUUGACAAACACUGUAGCUUUGCAAAUCACUUACAUUAUUAUCAUUUACAGUCUGCAGAAUUACUCAAUUCCAAACUGCCUAGGUGGCAGGAGACCUGUGGGGAUGCUACCAAAGUACCUGAGAAAAUCAUGAAUAUGAUAGAAGAAAUUAAGACCCCAGUCUCUACCCCAGUGUCUGGAACACCUCAGCCUUCACCAAUGAUCGAGAGAAGCAACAUGGUUGGGAAAGAUUAUGACACCCUUUCUAAAUAUUCACCAAAGGUGCCCCCAGCUCCUUCAGCCAGAGCGUAUACCAGUCCUUUGAUUGAUAUGUUUAAUAACCCAACAGCAGUUGCACAGAAUUCAGAAAGGAUAAAGAAUUCAACAGAUUCUUCAGAUGAUCCCAGUUUACAGCGAUCGGUUUCUGUCGCAACCGGACUGAACAUGAUGAAGAAGCAGAAGGUGAAAACCAUCUUCCCACACACCGCAGGCGCGAACCAGAGCUUGCUCAGCUUCGCCCAGGGAGAUGUCCUCACGCUGCUCGUCCCCGAGGAGAAAGACGGCUGGCUUUAUGGGGAGCACGACACCACGAAAGCGAGGGGUUGGUUCCCGGCAUCUUACACGAAGUUGCUGGAAGAAGAUGCAAAGGAGGCCAUGAGUGUGCCCACACCAAGCCCAGCGCCAGUGAGAAGCAUCAGCACCGUGAACUUAUCCGAGAAAAGCAGCGUGGUCAUCCCCCCGCCAGAUUACUUGCAAUGUCUGUCCCUGGAAGCGGCUGCAGAUAAGAGAGCAGACAUUUCCAAAAGUAUUUCUACCUUUAAAGCACCGGUGUCCAAACCAGAAAGCACCUCUCCUAACGACGCAAAUGGGACAGCAAAGCCUCCUUUUCUCAGCGGAGAAAACCCCUUCGCGACGGUGAAACUCCGGCCGACGGUGACAAACGAUCGCUCUGCACCGAUCAUUCGAUGA